CCCUUAAUUCACACAAUUUGCAGAGACCGAUGAAGCUUGCGAGGUUUAUAACUCCAAGCUUCGGCUAUGGAUUCUUCGAUCAUUCCUCAUUCUGGGCCCCUGGAUUUGCCUGAGUGAUGUGGCGUAGAGCCGGAAUUUUGCGAGGGCUGGGCGUUCGGCGGUUUUCAGCGGAAACUCGCCGUCGUAUCGAGGACGAGGGAGACUGGUUUUACGCCUCAGAAUGGUGGGGGAACGAUUACGACGGCGACGGCGACGGCCGCACUGUUUUCAGUUCAACAUCUGAGAAAGGAAAUGGCGUCGUCUCUGUUCUUUCAUACCCUUCCUCCAGGCCUAAUGGGCUUCAUUGGCCAGGGACUGGUAGGUGGCUUCAGCAAAGAUAUGCCGAGCUAUGCCCUGGUUGCAAGAACGGGGAGAGGUUCGGGAUUCUUGGAUAUCAAUGGCGAGUGCUUCGUUUCAAUGACAAUACUCGCCAAAGCACUGCUAAAGUAAUGGCUGCUUACCGGGAAUCAAAACCCGAGUCAAUUUUCCUCAUGCAGCAGGCGCAUUGUUUGGCUGUUCCUUAUCUAAAGAGUAUGAUAUCAGUUGGGUUGACCACUAUGGCAUCUUGUGGGUAUGAUCUUUUGAAUGCAAUCCAAGGAAAACAAAAUCUACGUAUUUUAUGUAUUGGUCAUGGUGGUGGGAGCUUGCCUCUAUUUUUAGCAAGUAAAAUUCAAGGUGCCAAUGUUGACAUAGUUGAAAUCGACCCUCUUGUUAUCUCGGCCUCAAUCCAAGCCAUGGGCUUCCCAGCGUUCUCAGUUAUGACUGCAUCAGGAGAGCGUGCAUUUGCCCGACCCGAAUCCAUUGACGAUGUCAUGUGGAAAGGCAUCCAUGAAAGACUUUUCCUCUACGAAUUAGAUGCAGAGGAUUUCGUCUGCAACACGACCAAUCUAUACGACAUGAUCUUCAUUGAUGCUUACGACGGAGAUGACAUAUUCCCGAACAAACUCUGGGAUCCAAAUUCCACAUUUCUUGAAGCUCUCAGCAAGCGACUUCAUCCUAAACAUGGAACUGUGGUGGUGAAUCUUCACUCAGAUUCCGAUCUCUUGACUUCUGAUGGCUCUGUCCCAUCUGUUCUUGAACAUAUAUUGCCAAUGGGAAAGUAUGUAUCCCAAAUCGGUCGAGCGUACAAGGAUGUUCUGACAGGAGAUGGAAGUUCUUCUGAUGAAAGUUCUGGUUUAGGAUUCACAGUGGCGGUUCCCUGGGUUUGCAAUACAUCUCUGGUUGUGUGCAAAGGUUUCGAAAUGAACAGAUUCAAGUCCAAAAGUUUGUUAGCACGGUUUGGUGCUCGAUCCCCCGAAAGCCAACUUCCUCUCUACGUCUCUCAUGGCGGUCAAUGCCAAGAAGCGAUUGUCGCUCAGCAACAAUGACGACGACGACAACGACAACGCGGCCGGUGUCUUUUUCCAGGUUAUCGCGCUCCGUGUCCGAGUCCUCGAUCUAUAGCCAAUUCAAUGUACGGAAAGGCCGCCUGGAUAGCCGGCACUAGAUUCCUCAUCCUCGUUGUGCCGCUCAUCAUCGAGAUGGAUCGCGAACAGCAACUCAAUGAACUCGAGUGAUUUGCAAAGUUCCGUCGCCGUUGCCGAGAUGGUUUCUUCGGUUCUCAAUUGUCGAGGUUCGUUUCUCUUAUGAUAAUGAUUCUAGGAUUGCAGUUCUUUGAAAGUAUUUUCCUCUUCGCUUUUCCGUAUCUUCUUGGUAUGUAAAAUUUGGUUGCUGAGAAAAUCCGAGAAAAUGUUUGAAGUAAUUAGAACAGAAGAGAUAUAGCACGCAUUGUGAUUGUGUUCAAAUUUGCAGAAUAUUGAUCUGAUACAAAUAUAAUGAAUAGGAAGGUUAAAUUAAAUC